AUGAGGAUCAACAAGCAAGCCAUUAUCAAAUUUAGCAUUGGCAAGCACCAAGAUGAGAUUUUGUGUGAUGUGGUACCCAUGCAAGCUUCCCAUCUAUUGCUUGGAAUACCUUGGCAAUUUGAUGUUGAUGCCCAACAUAGUGGGAGAACUAACAAGUACUCAUUUGUGGUCAAGGGGAAGACGUACAUUCUUAACCCACUAACUCCUUACCAAGUGAGUGAGGACUAUAGAGUGAUAAGGGAGCUUCGGGAGAAGUAUCAAAGGGAAGAAAGGGAGAAGAGUGAGAGGGAGAGUUUGUUGGUUAUAAGUGGAGAGGAAACAUCUCAAGAUGGUUCCAAGAAAUGUUUGUUGGCCAAACCAAGUAAUUACUUAAAAGGGGUUGAUGAGGGACACUUCAUGGUGUGUCUUGUCAACAAGGACCUUCUCUUAAAUGCUAACCAAGCUACUAGCACUUUGCCUAGUAGGAUAUCUUCUCUUUUGCAGGAAUAUGAAACAUUGUUUAUAGGAGCAAUCCGGAAAAAACAAAAGAAUUGCAAAGGCAAGUGGAUGAGCUUCUUAAAAAGGGGCUAG